ACAGCUUAACGUGACUGCCAGUGACGCCAUCUUGGGCGCUGUUCGUGCCAAGUUCUCUGAGUCACCUUUCCUCUUUGCUGAUCCUGCCCGCUCCGUUCGGAUACUCACUGGUUCAGAGGAGGGAAUCUCCUCGUGGAUCACCAGCAAUUAUGUGGCUAAUGCCUUUAAAGUGUAUCGUCCCGGGAUCGCAGACAUCCAGGCAUAUACAAUUGUGCCAUCUAUCGGUGCCAUGGAUUUGGGUGGAGCCUCCACUCAGAUGACAUUUGUUCCUGAAAAUGGCACCCUUGUUCCUCCCGCCUACAGCCGACAGCUGCAGCUGUUUGGGCACAACUAUACUGUCUACACCCACAGCUACCUGUGUUAUGGAGUACAGGAAAUCUCCAGGCAGAUAUUUGCGUAUUUAAUUUUGGAGCAGCCAGGCGACACCAGUUUAGACCACCCGUGUCUACCACUUGGCUUCAACGUGACACGGACAAGACAGCAGAUCUUUGCUUCUAUGUGUGUCCCCGCUGUUCCACCUGAGCUGAUCACCAACUACACAUUCGUGGGCAGCAGCAAUCACAGCAAGUGCUCAUUGUUGCUGCGCCGAGCAUUGUUCAACUUUAGCUCCUGCUCUUACAGCUCGUGUUCCUUCAAUAAUGUUUACCAGCCUCCAGUUUCUGGCCCAUUCUAUGCAUUCUCCAGCUUCUAUUACGUGUCAAACUUCUUAAACCUGUCAGACAGUGAUUCCAGCAGCUUUCAUCACCAGCAGCUUGAAAAAGCAACAGAGCAUCUAUGUGGUAGCAGCUGGGCGGAGCUCCAGCAACUGCCAGCCAGCCAGCAACAGAAGCCCUCCCUAAUGUUCUACUGCAUGCAGGCUAACUACAUCAACUUGUUGUUGUCUGAAGGUUACAACUUUACAGACAGCAGUUGGAAAGACAUCCACUUUGUUCGCAAGGUAUCAGGAACAGACAUCAACUGGUCAUUGGGUUUCGUCCUUGAAGAAAGCAGUGGCUACUCCUCAGCUCCUGUAAUGGCUUCUCUGACCUUCGCCUUGUUAGUAGCACUCUUCAGUGGACUGGUGAUACUGGCCUUAGUGGUUCUCAUUGAUGCUAAGAGAGUCCACCGAUCCGUCAUUGUCAGACGCAGAACACAGAGUCAGUACGGCGCCAUCUAA